GGGAUGUAGCGCCUGCUCACCGCCUCCCGGACACUCGUCGGACCUCUGCCCCGCGGCCCUGCGUCUUCCCAGGUGACCACGCCGGCUUCAGGACAUGCACGGGCACAGCCGCAACGGGCAGGCCCACGUGCCCCGGCGGAAACGCCGCAACCGCUUCGUCAAGAAGAACGGCCAAUGCAACGUCUACUUCGCCAACCUGAGCAACAAGUCACAGCGCUACAUGGCGGACAUCUUCACCACCUGCGUGGACACGCGUUGGCGCUACAUGCUCAUGAUCUUUUCCGCAGCGUUCCUGGUUUCCUGGCUCUUUUUUGGCCUCCUCUUUUGGUGCAUCGCCUUCUUCCACGGUGACCUGGAGGCCGGCCCAGCAGUGGCCACGGCGGGGUCCCCAGCGGGCAGCAGCGGGGCCGCUCCGGUGACCCCCAAGCCGUGCAUUAUGCACGUGAACGGCUUCUUGGGUGCCUUCCUGUUCUCGGUGGAGACCCAGACGACCAUCGGCUACGGGUUCCGGUGCGUGACGGAGGAGUGCCCCCUGGCGGUCAUCGCCGUGGUGGUCCAGUCCAUCGUGGGCUGUGUCAUCGACUCCUUCAUGAUCGGCACCAUCAUGGCCAAGAUGGCGAGGCCCAAGAAGCGGGCACAGACGCUGCUGUUCAGCCACCACGCGGUCAUCUCAGUGCGUGAUGGCAAGCUCUGCCUAAUGUGGCGCGUGGGCAACCUGCGGAAGAGCCACAUCGUGGAGGCCCACGUGCGGGCCCAGCUCAUCAAGCCCUACAUGACCCAGGAGGGCGAGUACCUGCCGCUGGACCAGCGGGACCUCAACGUGGGCUACGACAUCGGCCUGGACCGCAUCUUCCUGGUGUCGCCCAUCAUCAUUGUCCACGAGAUUGAUGAGGAUAGCCCGCUCUAUGGCAUGGGCAAGGAGGAGCUGGAGUCUGAGGACUUCGAGAUUGUGGUCAUCCUUGAGGGCAUGGUGGAGGCCACUGCCAUGACCACUCAGGCCCGCAGCUCCUACCUGGCCAGCGAGAUCCUGUGGGGCCACCGCUUUGAGCCCGUGGUCUUCGAGGAGAAGAGCCACUACAAGGUGGACUACUCGCGCUUCCACAAGACCUACGAGGUGGCCGGCACGCCCUGCUGCUCCGCCCGGGAACUGCAGGAAAGCAAGAUCACCGUGCUGCCUGCACCCCCGCCCCCGCCCAGUGCCUUCUGCUAUGAGAAUGAGCUGGCCCUCAUGAGCCAGGAGGAAGAGGAGAUGGAGGAGGAGGCGGCGGCCGCUGCGGCUGUGGCUGCCGGCCUGGGCUUGGAGGCGGGCUCCAAGGAGGAGGCGGGCAUCAUCCGAAUGCUGGAGUUUGGCAGCCACCUGGAUCUGGAGCGCAUGCAAGCCACCCUCCCACUGGACAACGUCUCCUACCGCAGGGAGUCCGCCAUCUGACCUCCAGGCCCCGCCCUCAUCGCCUCCCUCAAGAGCCUCUGCCGGGGGUGAGAUGCCAGGACACCCCCUCCACACUCAGGACAGAGCUGAUCCUGGCUCCGUGGACCUUCUGGAGAGAGGUGGGGGCUUUAAAG